AUGGCGCCACAACAAUUAUCAACUUUACCUACGGUCAGAAAACAAAAUUUACUUGUAGAAUUUUCAAGUCUAAAAUACGCAUGUCCGCAUGGCGUAUUCAUGAGCCUCACUCCAGGGGACCCCACCCUCUGGUCCGGUGUUCUCUUCGUACGGAAAGAUGAGGAGAGGUUACCGCCUGGAGGGUUCUCGCUGAGAGAUGGAUUUCCGGCUUGGUUUGGGAGGAGAAGUAGGAGGAGUGUUGAACAGAGGACUCCGACGAAGCCGGAUGGAAGCACGGCCGGCAGUAUAACUAUGAGUAGUCCGGGGAGUGGUAUUUCGUCACCGGACAAAACGGCAGAUGGCAUAAGAGUAGGGGUUUAUGAGGUGUUAAGAUAUCUGAGGAGGACUUUUGAUGAUGAGCUCGUGCUAGAUAAGGUACCUUUGGAGGCGGCUGGUAAUCCUGGCGCGUGGCACGCGUGGAAGUCGUAUCGCAUCAAGAUUGGGAAGAUGGCUGCAGAGAAUAAAGACACCGAACUGAAAGAUCCGACGUCACCUAUAGUAGCACGCGCACCAGGAGAAUGGAAUUGGGAUGGUGUAUGGGAAGCAAGAGUUAAGAAGGGUAUAGAGGCCAGUAUUGCAGAUACAGUAUUAUAUGGGUUAGGGGCAGAUGACUUGAUACAGUUUCUCAAUUUUGACAAGGAGAAGGUUGAGCAAAUCAGAGAGCAGAUCAAGGAGAGCGCGCAUGCUCUGGAGCCACAACGAAGGAGCGUGGCAUGA